ACCGACUUUGGGUUACCAUUUUACAGAUCUCUUCCUUCUCCUCUAUCUUCUCAAGUCAUCACAUUUUCCAUACACAGCGAGAAAUUGAGUGUUGGAUCUUCCAGAUGGCGAAGCUCCUCGGCAUUAUCCUUGCGGUUCUACUAGUUGCGGAACUCGCGUUCGGUAUGCUUCCGCCUGAUUUUUCCCCGGCUCCGUCGCCGGAUCUGGGCGCCGACGCAGCAGAUUUGCCUCCGGUUCUGGCUCCGACACCGGAAACCGGAUCUCCGCCAUCUCCAGUCUCUCCUUCCCCUGCGGAGUCUCCGAUUGAGCAUUCAUCUCCGCCGGAGCCUGAAUCCGAACACUCUCCGUCUCCUGCACCGGCGAAUUCUCCGUCGAGCUCUCCGCCGACACCAGAGGAAGCAGCGUAUCCAUCUCCUCCGUCUCCGACUCCGGCUCCGGAACCAGAACCUAGCGAGGCCAGCGAUGUCAGCCACAGCGAAAUCACCGCGACCGAUGACGACGAAUCCUCCGGCGGCGGUGGAGGAAUGAGCGGCGGGAAGAAGGCCGGGAUCGUGGUGGGAGUGUUUGCGGCGGCGUGUGUGGUCGGAGUCGCAGGAGUUGUGUACAAGAAGCGGCAGGAAAAUAUCCGCCGAUCACGGUACGGAUACGCCGCGAGAGAGCUUCUGUGAAGAAAGAGAGAGAUCGGCGAUGAGAGAGAGCCGAUUCUCCGCCGUAGAUCUCUGAUUCUUUUGUUAGUUCAAAUUCAAAUCCACCAUUUUUUUUUUGCCUUUCGUGUUCGUGUAAUCACUAAGACUUUGAAUUUGAAAUUCCUACCGUUUGGUAAUUGAAAUUCAAUUCUUUAUAUGUUAGAUUU